GACUUUUGUUGAAUGACGAAACAAGGUACAAAAAUCACCGUUUUCUACACAAGGAUCGUAUAUAUCUAGCGUUUAAGAAGCCAUGAUCAGAAACUAGAAGGAAGAAACCAACCCAGGUAGAAACAAGAGGAAGAGGAGAAAUGGAGCACUAGGAUAAAGAUAGGAGCUCUUCUGGACACAAAUACAAGUCUUGAUCCAGGAACAUCUGACAUUAAGACAUACAAACAUAUCUGCUGUGGAGCAUAAAGUAGAACCUCACACUUGUAUGUGCUGGUGGAUGGGAUUUACAGAUAAAUUUGAAUUGAAAUUAUUUGUUUUGGAUUCUGGCGCCGUGCCAGACUCUUGAGGAUCUCACUUGUUAAGGCUUUUAUUGAAGAAAUUUAAUUCAGGCUGUAUGAACAUUUCCCUAUAGAAGUUGAGACCGAGUUUGUGAUCAUCUUCAACAGAUCAAACCAAAAGAUUAAGUUUAACUGAUAAUUUUUGGUAAGCCAUCCACUUAAGUUUAUUAACUUUAGUUUCCUUGAGUAACUAGCAUUUUUAGUACAUGACUAUGACGAGUUGUAUUAUAAUUAAGUUGAAAUUUUUUGUUUUCCUCUCUAUUUCCAGUCAUUUUCCUUUAUUGUUUCUGUACCUCAUGCAAUGUUAAUGUUGCAAAAAUGUCAUGAAGAUUUUGUCUGCUACUGAAUGUUAUCUCACAAGUUGUCAUCAUUGCAGAAACAUUCAUGGCCUCUUUUUGUUAGUUUCAAAUUAUCAAACCACUUGUAGUUGGAUUGCUUUCAAUAUCUUCUUGUAUUUGAGCAAAAUCAUCACGAGUAACUUGCUUAUAGAGAGCACUGGUUUUCUCUCUCACAGCAAACAUUACUUUGUGCACAAUGCUUGGAAUCCUAGUAUUUCCUGACUGCCAGUAGUGUGUUGUGGUUUGUCCAUCUCUGUGUUUUUUUCAUACUCAAUUCUGACCUGGCGCCCCACCAUUUAAUUGCUUUUGGAACUAAUUUCAUUAACAUUGAUAUUGAUCUUUUUAUCUUCUACUUACAGCGAAAUUUUGUUCAAGGACCGAGUCCAAACCUUUACAUGAUAAAUGGCCACCAGAUCCUGCCCUGUAGGAUACUAGAGUUUGUUUUAUUAUACCUUUGAACACUGCAAUAAGAUUUAAUGUAUAUCAUGUUACGAUUUCUAAGUUACUGAUUAUCAUUGUCGGUUCUUUUCAUAAUUGAAGGAUACAUAUUUUCAUUAGACUUGGUUCUUUAUUAAUUGAUAUGCCCCCAUGCAGGGAUUGUUCCCACACACAUCAAUUUGCUUGAUUUUAUUUUUGCACUUGUUCAGCUAAUAGAUAAAAAUGCCAAAGGAUAGCAAUAGCUUGGUUUUGCGCAAGGCUAGGAGGUCUCAUCCCUAUGAUAGAAUUCAGAGAAACCCAAAUAAUAAAGGAAGCACGUCAAAAGAUGGAGAAAUAGAUGCUGAGAAGAAAGAGUGGGAUGAUGCCAGAUGCCCCAUUUGUAUGGAACAACCGCAUAAUGCAGUUCUCCUUUUAUGUACUUCUCAUGACAAGGGUUGUCGACCUUACAUGUGUGACACCAGUUAUCGACAUUCAAAUUGCCUUGAUCAGUAUAGAAAGCGAAAGGAGAACUGGAGAACCAUAUCAUCCCAAAGUGGUGAAGUAUAUAGUGAUAUUCCAGGAGGUGAAGCAAUGGAUGAAUAUUCCAGGUCUGAUGGUCCAGGCAUACAUAGAAGUCCAGGAGGUGAAGCAAUGGAUUUGAGAUCAACUCAAGAUUUGAAUGAAGAAACGGAAUUAGGUGGUCCAGGCAGACAUAGAAGACAUCAACUAAGUUCCUGGAGGUCACAGUCAGGGGGAUUUCAAGAAGCAGAUAAUUGGGAAAGAGAUGAUUUACCAUUUGUGAAUACAGCAGCAGCAUUGGGAGCAGAAAAUAAUUUUGAAUUUGCAUUAUUUCAAAGAAAUGAAAUUGAAGCACCUUCAAAUGGAGAAUUGGAGUUAAAAUGCCCACUCUGUCGAGGUUCAGUGCGGGAGUGGAAAGCUGUAGAAGAGGCUAGGAGCUAUCUUAAUUUGACAACCAGGAGCUGUGCUCAUGAGUCAUGCUCUUUUACUGGUGCAUAUGAAGAAUUGCGCAAGCAUGCAAGAAGUGAACAUCCUAGGAUAAGGCCAGCUGAUAUUGAUCCUUCUCGCCAGCGUGCCUGGCGGCGCUUAGAGCAUCAGCGUGAUGUGGGUGAUGUGCUUAGUACCAUCCGUACAGCCAUCCCAAAUGCAAUUGUUCAUGGUGACUAUGUUAUUGAGGGUGAAGAGGGUAUGCCUCUUGAUCAGGGCAUUGAAAGUGAUGCAAUGGGUACGCAAGGGCCAUUAUUCACUGCAUAUUUCUUAUUUCGUAUGUUUAGUCCGCUUGGUUCUCAUGAAGUUGCUGGUGGCUUGCCAGCAAGAUUGAGAGUUUCAAGUAGGCAUCAUACCUCUUCAAGUAGGCUGCAUGGUGGCCAGCCAAAUGUGUCUGGUGAAAACAAUAUAGAUUCUGGUAACGAAGCAGCUGAUACUAUAUCAGUUAACAGUGCUGCUGGUCAGAGGAGGAGAAGACGUUUGAAUAGAGCCUGGGCUGAUGAUGAUUUUCCAUAAGAUUCCUUGUCAUGUUUAUAAUUGUGAAUCAUUGUUUAUGAUUUUCCAAAUCUGUAGCAUUGCUUCUUGCAUCUCCUGUUAUCAAUUGUUUAUAGUGCUUCAUUA